AUGAUGUCAACCGUGGACUUGGGACCACCCCUUGUUCAUGAUAGACUUGACUCCCCGGAUCUUGUAUCACAUCUAUCGACGCUACAUAUCACCGUCACAAUCCUUCCACCUUCUCUCAGUCCAACCCAACCCCGACCGGCUUCCUCGAAUGUUCUUGUCGCGUCCGCUCAUAUGUCCACCCGCGCAAUGCGGAACUCUAUUUCCUCCCACUGUCCUCCCACUGUCUCUCACGUCAGCAGUAGACUCGGGCCUGGCUUCUUAUCCGUGAUAUCUCUCGGGGCAAUCUAUACGGGUUUGCAAUGA